AUGAAUUCUCGUGGCCAAGCUCUAUUUCUCACUCUCAUCUUUAUCGUGGGAUCGGAGGCUAUCCGAUGCUACAUCGGAAAUGACGUGGCAAACGAACUAUACGCUGGAUACACUUACUGUGUAUCGGAGUACAAUAAACGCGGAUUUCAAGCGAAUGUUUUCGGGAAAAUCGACGAGACGGUCGAUACACUAAAAAUGGUUAAGGAGCCAGACUGCGAGACAACUGUAAGAUAUCUAUUUGCGAUUUGCCCGAUGCGUUAACAGCAUAUUUUCAGAUCAACGGAGGUUUCGAGAAAACGCGUUGCAACUGCUACAAGGAUUCGUGCAACACGCCACAGUCUUACAAGGACUUCAUGAAAUCGCGCUCUGAGAAGAAGGAAGGCACUUUCUAA